UGGGCGGCUGCACCUCCCUCGCAUCGAUCGGAUCCAGGAUGGCCUCCGGAACGUGGCUCUCGCCGUCUUCCCGCCUCCCCUCUCUCUCCCACCCGCCUCGCUCCUCUGUGCCUCGCCUUCCUCGCAGCAACAUUCGUCGUCUCCGGCUCCGCGCCACCGAGCAGCAGCAGCAAGAUGAGGUGGUGGACAGCAACGUUCUCCAGUACUGCAGCAUCGACGGCAAGAAGCAGAAGAGGACGCUCGGGGAGAUGGAGCAGGAGUUCUUGCAGGCUCUGCAGGCCUUCUACUACGACCAGAAGGCCAUCAUGUCCAACGAGGAGUUCGACAACCUCAAGGAGGAGCUCAUGUGGGAAGGCAGCACCGUCGUCAUGCUAAGCCCUGACGAACAACGCCUGCUCGAAGCCUCCAUGGCCUAUGCUGCCGGCAAUCCCAUCAUGUCUGAUGCUGAAUUCGACGACCUCAAACUCAAAUUGAAGAAAGACGGAAGUGGCAUUGUCACUGAAGGUCCCAGGUGCAGUCUCCGCAGCCGAAAGGUGUACAGUGAUUUGUCCGUUGAUUACCUAAAGAUGUUCCUGCUAAAUGUUCCAGCAACUACUCUUGCGUUAGGAUUGUUCUUUUUUAUUGAUGAGCUGACUGGCUUUGAGAUCAAUAUAUUCCAGCUGCCAGAACCUUUCGGUUUUAUUUUCACAUGGUUUGCUGCUUUGCCUCUAAUAUUGUUCAUCGCACAGUCGAUAACUAAUGCCAUAGUCAACGACUUUUUAAUCCUCAAGGGGCCAUGUCCGAAUUGUGGCACUGAAAAUCUUUCCUUCUUCGGGACUAUUCUGUCAGUGUCUAGUGGUGGUGCAACAAACAAAGUGAAAUGUGCAAAUUGUACUACGGAGAUGGUAUAUGACUCGAAAUCUCGGCUCAUCACCCUUCCAGACGCAUAACAAGGAUGGGUGAAUUGUUGAAUAUACGAUGGGUGACAGAUGGAGCUGACAAGCAGGUGCUGCUGUUGGAACGGGAGAGGUAGGAAACAAGAAACAAAAAGGGAUUGCAACGUACGGAUGGAUUCAUGAAUUGCAUUUCAUGCAGAGUGUAUACUACACUAAUUAAUUAAGAGAUGUAGAUAUCGACUUAUAUUACAAUUAAAGCGUUGAUGUACAGUAUAUAUAUAACCUGUAAUGUAUAUAUUUGUUUGCUUAUAAAUGUUUGAACUGAUACCUAACUCAACUGAAAUAUUAUACAUCAUCUACUGUGUGUG